GGUUGCAACGCGACAGUUCGCAGAGACGGUUUCUUUUUCCCCCCGCUGCCGUUGUUACCUCAGUGGGUCUAACGUACGCUUCAGGAUGGAAACCAAACCGGUCAUCACCUGCCUUAAAACCCUCCUCAUCGUAUAUUCCUUCGUCUUUUGGAUAACAGGAGCCAUCCUGCUGGCAGUGGGAGUAUGGGGGAAGUUGAUGUUGGGUCCAUAUAUCUCUCUGAUAGCCGACAACUCCACCAACGCCCCUUACGUCCUCAUUGGCACCGGGACUGUCAUCAUCGUUUUUGGCCUGUUUGGAUGCUUCGCCACCUGCAGAGGAAGUCCAUGGAUGCUGAAGCUGUAUGCCAUGUUUCUGUCGCUUGUCUUCCUGGCUGAGUUGGUGGCUGGAAUCUCUGGAUUUGUGUUUCGCCACGAGAUAAAAGGAACCUUUCACAGGACAUACACUGAUGCCGUUCUGAACUACAAUGCUGAGGAUGAGGCGAGUCGUGCUGUUGAUAACUUGCAGCACAAGCUCCGUUGCUGUGGAGUGUAUAACUACACCAGUUGGUUUGGCAGUGUGUAUUACCCAUCCAAUGGCAUUCCUGCCAGCUGCUGCUUUAACUCAUCUGACUGCAACCCAGAAGAUCUCCGCAAUGCAACCCUAGCUCCGAACAAGGUCUAUCACCAGGGCUGCUAUGAGCUGGUCACUUCGUUCAUGGAAACCAACAUGGCCAUUAUUGCAGGAGUGACGUUUGGGAUUGCUUUCUCACAGCUGAUUGGUAUGUUGCUGGCCUGCUGUCUGUCCAGGAUCAUUACAGCCAAUCAGUAUGAGAUGGUCUAGCUGAUGUGACGUGGCAGGGAGAUGAAGAGAAGAAGAUACAAAGAGCCUUGACACAUGAGUAAAAGUAAAUUCCUGAAAUAAUA